AUGCAUAAAUCUCUGAAGGCACGGCAUGCGAAGACGGGGCUGAGGGGAGGCUCCGGGUGUGUCGUCAUUAGUGCCUCUUGGAAGCAGAAGGGUGGGCUGGUUAAACUGCGAGGGACUAAGUGCCAAAGUGGGCAGGAAGUUCCACCUCUGCCCGUUUUUGUCCCCUCAGGAUCCUGGGUAGAAUUGCACUUUAGCAACAAUGGGAACGGGAGCAGUGUCCCGGCCUCGGUUUCUAUUUAUAAUGGUGACAUGGAAAAAAUACUGCUGGAUGCCCAGCAUGAGUCUGGACGGAGUAGCUCCAAGAGUUCUCACUGUGACAGCCCACCUCGCUCACAGACACCACAGGAUACGAAUAGAGCUUCUGAAACAGACACCCAUAGCAUUGGAGAGAAAAACAGUUCCCAGUCCGAAGAAGAUUACAUGGAGAGAAGGAAAGAAGUUGAAAGCAUCUUGAAGAAAAACUCAGACUGGAUCUGGGAUUGGUCGAGUCGGCCCGAAAACAUUCCCCCCAAAGAGUUCCUCUUCCAACACCCUAAGCGCACGGCUGCUCUCAGCAUGAGAAACACGAGCGUCAUGAAGAAAGGGGGCAUGUUCUCCGCAGAAUUUCUGAAAGUGUUUCUUCCGUCCCUGCUGCUGUCUCAUCUGCUGGCCAUCGGGUUGGGGAUCUACAUUGGAAGGCGCCUGACAACCUCCACCAGCACCUUUUGAUGAAGAAUUGGAAUCCGACUUUGUUCAUACAGUGGAUUCUCUCUGAGCUUGCACCGUAGCUAACUGAAGAGCAGCUAGGGUCCUUGGGUAGCUGCGUCACUGGUGUUCACUUGCUCUGUAAAUGCCGCGUUCCUGAUUUAGUGAGAUGAAAGAAUAGACACUAAAAUCAUGCUGGCCUGUAAUUAUACCUGUGGGAUCAAUUAAUAAGCAUGUCAGACUGCAACAAUUUCUUUGAAUGUUAGAUGUAAACAUCUAAGAAUAAGUUUUAAGGUACCAGUCAUGAUGCAUAAAGUAUCUUAAAAAUCAACUGUAACCUUAAUUCAGAUAAAACACUUUAUAUUUCAAAAGAAUGGAUAACAUUGAUAGUAAAAUCACUACCCUAAGGGGUUUGUCCAAAAUAUUGUGGCCUUAUUCACAGUGUUGUAGAAAAUACUGUUUAAUUGAAAUGGACACAGGUUGGGUCUACUAAAGACUAUGUGUAAUUGUGCUAACUGUUCCUAAUAAGUAAUAAAUAGAAGCCAAGGUACAGCUGCAGCCUCCACUGUAAGGUUCACACCAUAAGCUGUUCUCGGCUUUGCAGUGGAAGGACUUUUUCAGCCUUUGUGCUCGGUUUUCUGUUGGAGGCACCUCCUUACUGUCUUUUCUUCUUCACCCCUUAGAUUGCUGAAUUUAACCCUAUCCUUUGUGCCCAACUUUUGUGUGCUCUUGAAAUCAGCUUGUUCCAAGCAAAUCUGUAUUAACUUUAAAAGACUGGAAAUGGAAAAAAAUAAAUCUUUGCCAAAUCCUUCAGA